AUGUGUGCUUGUUUCAACAGAGCAUUUUCUCCUCCAACGGAUCAACAGAGAGCUAAAGCUCUUGGUGACAUCUACCAACUGAGCGAUGACAUUCGCCGAGCAGUCACAAUUGGUAUCGACGAAUGUUUUUUACCAUUUCCAGUACCAAAUGAAGGUGAUUGGGUUAGCAUACAUGCAGAGCAAGGUCAAACCGUGCAACAAUUCGAGCGAACAAAACGAACAGUGCCACAUUCAAGGGCACCUUCAUUGGAAUCCAUAUGUGACUUUUCACGACCUUUCUUUCCUGGAUGUCAAUUAGAAAUUUUACCUCGAAUAGAUUUUACUGAUUUCUCAAAACAUCUUCAAACUGGAAACCGUAUAAAUCCAUAUACAAAGCAACCACAAUACUUAACAAGCUUUAUAAUUGGUCAUUUAAAAAAAAUGAAACGACGAGAACGAAAAAAUGAUCGACGAGAAUUAUUUUGCAUUGGUGUUACCAUGGCUGACAUUUAUCCAGCACCUGGCUGGAAUUUCGUCUACGGUUUAGCAUCAAUCAACGAUGGUAUUGGAAUUUAUUCAUUUUCUCGAUUAGAUCCUUCAUUUCCAGAUAUAGCAACAGCUGGACCUUGCACAGAUGAAGAACGAAUAUUGAUGCUCAAACGAGCUAUAAGUGUUUUUGUCCAUGAAGUCAUACAUUUAUUUGGCGUCGAACAUUGUAUUUAUUACUUAUGUUUGAUGAACGGAGCAGAAACUGAAAAAGAAAUGGACGGACAACCGUUGUAUUUAUGUCCAGUGUGUUUACGAAAAAUGUAUUUAGCAUCGGGAAAAGAGAAGAAACAUUUCAAUGUCAUACAAAUGUAUACGGAAAUUUCAGAUCUUUGUAAACGAUUUCAUUUUAAAGAUGAAUUGGCAUGGUAUGAAAACAGACUGAACUUAUUGAAUAAGAUAGAGGACAAUUAA